AUGGGUCAGACUGUGACGACCCCUCUGUCUAUGACUCAGGACCAUUGGACGGACGUUAGGGUGAGAGGACGGAACCUAUCAGUGGUAGUUAAAAAACAACCUUGGUUAACUUAUUGUUCUUCAGAAUGGCCCACGUUUGGUGUGGGAUGGCCAUCCGUGGGGACUUUUGAUUUACCAACUAUCAGGGCUGUGAAGGCUAUUGUUUUUCAGGAAGGAGCGGUGUCUCACCUGGACCAACAGCCAUACAUCUUAGUAUGGGAAGAUUUGGCACGAUCCCCACCCCUAUGGGUCCGCCCAUUCAUCCCGCCCCUUCGUCCCGGCACUAAAGUCCUGACGAUCCGGGAAUAUGGUGUAAAGGAGAAAACAACACCAAAAUCUGAUGAGGAGAGCGAGCGCAGCCCACCGCCUGCGAGACCCUCUAAGAUCUACCCCGAGAUUGAGGAGCCCCUUACGUGGCCAGAUAUCCCCUGGCUCCCGCCCUACCCGCAAGCUCCCCAACCCCCGGCUGAUCCCAUGGCUCUGCCCUCUGCCCCUCCUACAGCUCAAGCCCCGGGAAUUGGGGGAGCGGGGCCCUCAGCCAGAACGAGGAUUCGGCGAGGAGCCUUCCUGGAGGGACCAGCAGAUUCGACCAUAGCACUCCCUCUCAGAGCGGUCGGAGCUCCACCUACUGACCAAAACAACUUACAGAUAUUACAGUAUUGGCCUUUUUCCUCAUCUGAUCUUUAUAACUGGAAAACUAACCACCCCUCUUUCUCUGAGAACCCCACAGGGCUCAAGAGCCUAAUUGAAUCACUGAUGUUCUCCCACCAGCCGACGUGGGACGACUGUCAACAGAUUUUACAAACCCUUUUCACCACCGAGGAGAGGGAGAGGAUUCUCCUCGAGGCUCAAAAAAAUGUCCGAGAUGAGGCUGGACGACCAGUCCAGACCCCGGUUGAGAUAGAAGAAGGAUUCCCAUUGAUCCGUCCCCAUUGGGAUUAUAAAACCGCACAAGGUAGGGAAUGGCUGUCCAAUUAUCGCCGGGCUCUGGUGGCGGGUCUCAGAGGUGCUGCACGUCGGCCCACCAAUCUGUCCAAGGUAAGGGAGGUCAUGCAAGGGGCAACAGAACCUCCUUCAGUUUUUCUAGAGAGGCUUAUGGAGACAUAGGAGAUAUCCCCAUUUGACCCUACGUCUGAGGGACAACGGGCUUCAGUGAUUAUGGCUUUUAUUGGACAGUCAGCCCCAGACAUCAGAAGGAAGCUACAACGGAUUGAGGGGUUACAGGAUUACACCAUGAGAGAUGUGGUAAAAGAGGCAGAGAAAGUGUAUCAUAAGAGAGAGACAGAGGAAGAGAAGAUAGAGAGAGAAAGAAGAGGAAAGAGAGAAGACGAAGACAGAAGGGAUCAGAGACAAGAGAAAGUUUUAACUAAGAUUCUGGACGCAGUAGGAGAGCGAGACAGGAGAGACAGGACCAGACAGAUAGGGAACCUGGGAGACAGAAAAAGGCAGGAGCCAAGGAGGCCCGGAGGAGAUCGACUGAGUCUGGGACGAAAUCAGUGUAGGAUCUGCAAAGGUAUUGGCCAUUGGGCAUUUGAAUGUCCCAAGAAGAAGCAGGGGGUGAAAGCAUUGUCCCUAGGAGAUGACGAAGACUAGGGGAAACGGGGCUUGGUCCCCCUUCCCGAGCCUAGGGUAACUUUAGACGUGGAGGGGACUCCCAUACAUUUCCUAGUCGACACAGGAGCUGAGUUUUCUGUUCUGCGAACGCCUUUGGGGAAGUUAAAAAGGGGUGAAAAGACUGUAGUAAUUGGGGCCACUGGACAAAAAUCGUACCCAUGGACCACCUCUCGAACAGUGGAUCUAGGACAGAACAGAGUGACUCAUUCGUUCCUAGUCAUACCGGAGUGCCCUAUGCCCCUGCUAGGAAGAGACUUGCUAACUAAACUAAAAGCAAACAUAUCUUUUGCCUCUCACCAUCCAGAAGUAACCUGGACAGGAGGAGAGCCCCGGGCCCUAGCGUUGUCUCUACAAUUAGGAGAAGAAUACCGGCUCUACCAAAAUAAACCGAGACUUCCCAAGGGAAUCCAAGACUGGCUUGACCAAUUCCCUAGUGCAUGGGCGGAGAUGGGGGGUAUGGGGAUGGCAAAACAAGUUCCCCCAGUGGUAAUUGAGCUUAAGUCCGGAGCCACCCCCAUAAGGGUCCGACAAUACCCCAUGAGUAGGGAAGCUAGGGAGGGCAUACGCCCUCAUAUUACCCGACUCUUUCAACAAGGAAUUUUGGUUCCAUGCAAGUCUCCAUGGAACACCCCCCUCCUCCCUGCAAAAAAACCAGGGACCAAUGACUAUCGCCCUGUACAGGAUCUCAGAGAAGUUAAUAAACGAGUCCAAGACAUUCACCCGACAGUGCCAAAUCCCUACAACUUACUCAGCACACUACCACCUGAGAGAAUCUGGUAUACUGUCUUAGACCUUAAGGAUGCUUUCUUUUGUCUGAGAUUACAUCCCAACAGCCAACCUUUGUUUGCCUUUGAAUGGCGCGACCCCAAGAGUGGACAAGUCGGACAGCUGACAUGGACGAGGCUGCCCCAAGGAUUCAAAAACUCACCUUCACUGUUCGAUGAGGCCCUGCACCGUGACUUAGCCUCUUUUCGAGCCAAAAAUACACAGGUAACUCUCUUGCAGUAUAUUGAUGACCUCUUAGUGGCUGGGAAAACCCAUAAAGACUGUGAAAUUGGGACUCUAAACCUCCUGGUCGAGCUAAGCAAACUGGGAUACCGGAUCUCAGCCAAAAAGGCACAGUUAUGCCAAAGAGAGGUAACUUACUUGGGAUACACCCUGAGAGAUGGACAGAGAUGGCUCACAGAGGCCAGAAAGCAGACAGUGAUGCAGAUUCCAACUCCAACCACACCUCGCCAGGUGAGAGAAUUUCUGGGCACUGCAGGGUUCUGUAGACUGUGGAUCCCAGGGUUUGCGACUGUAGCAGCCCCCCUAUACUCUUUGACUAAAGAAAAAGGAGAGUUUACCUGGACUAGAGACCACCAAUUGGCUUUUAAGACUCUCAAGAGGGCACUGCUACAGGCCCCAGCACUAGCCCUACCAGAUCUAAGCAAGCCUUUUAUCCUAUAUAUUGAUGAGAGAAGUGGCGUGGCCAGAGGAGUCCUAACCCAGGCCUUAGGGCCUUGGAAAUGACCAGUGGCCUACCUAUCAAAGAAACUGGACCCUGUGGCUAGUGGGUGGCCUUCCUGUUUACGAGCCAUAGCAGCAACAGCUAUGCUGGUCAAAGACGCUGACAAGCUGACCAUGGGACAGAAUGUUACAAUAGUGGCCCCACACUCGCUUGAGAGCAUUAUCCGACAGCCACCAGACCGCUGGAUGACCAACGCACAGAUGACUCACUACCAGGGUCUAUUGCUGACUGAAUGUGUAAACUUCGGCCCCCCACCGGCUAUCCUCAAUCCUGCUACCCUGUUACCUGAGGCUGAUGAAGCCCCUAUACACAAAUGUGAGGAGGUGCUGGCAGAAGAAACCGGAGUCCGGUCAGAUCUCACAGACCAACCAUGGCCAGGGGCAAUGACUUGGUACACUGAUGGAAGCAGCUUCAUGGUGGAAGGUAAGAGGAGGGCCGGGGCAGCAGUGGUGGAUGGAAAGGCCGUCAUAUGGGCCAGCAGUCUGCCUGAGGGUACAACGGCCCAAAGAGCAGAGCUCAUCUCACUGAUCCAGGCCCUAAAGCUGGCAAAAGGAAAGACUAUUAAUAUUUACACAGACAGCUGAUAUGCCUUUGGUACAGCGCCUAUCUAUGGGGCAAUAUACCGGCAGCGUGGACUCUUAACAUCUGCUGGAAAAGAUAUUAAAAAUAAAGAAGAGAUCCUUAGCCUGCUAGAGGCUGUUCACUUGCCCCAUAAAGUGGCAAUAAUACAUUGCCCAGGACACAAAAAAGGGGCCGGACCCAUAGAAAAAGGAAAUCAAAUGGCAGACCAGGAGGCAAAGAAGGCAGCUCAGGGACCUAUGAUUUUGACAAUAAAAAUUCAAUCUCAACCAGAGACCAAAGAAACUGGCAAAAAGACUCUCGAAGAAGAAGAAGGGCGAGAAUAUUUGGCUGAUAUACAUCGCCUUACCCAUCUGGGGGUUAAAAAGUUAAUUGAAUUGGUUAAGAAGUCCCCUUACUAUAUUCCUGGAUUAAAGAAAGCUGCUGAGAAUCUAGUCAAAAACUGCCACGCCUAUGCGUUUACUAAUGCUGGGUCCAACAAGCUCCUAGAAGGAAGGCGUUUGAGAGGAGAUAGGCCUGGAACCUACUGGGAAACUGAUUUUACGGCGGUAAAGCCUGCCUGGUAUGGAAAUAAAUAUCUACUUGUUUUUAUAGACACUUUUUCAGGCUGGGUUGAAGCAUUCCCUACAAAAAAAUGA